AUGACGAAAAUAACAGAUGCAGCAACGAGACAGGCAGUUCAAAGUGCCUAUGACGCCGUUAGAGCAACUGUUGUGAAAAGUCAAGAAAAAGAGUUACAACAGACCAAAACAGACCUAGUAAAUGCUUUCUUAAAAACGAAAAGUCAGGUAGGACAUUACGCUGCAGAUGGAACAUAUGUGCCAGCUGGUGGAACUUAUAUACCACCAAACCCUCCAAGAGAAGCACCUGCACCAGGACUACCUAAAACAUUUACAUCGUCACAUGGACACAGACACAGGCAUGCACCAAAACCAACACAACAACCAACACAACACACAACAACCAGCACAACAACACACAACCAACAACAACCAGCACAGCAACCAACAGUUCAAAACCCUGCACAACAACAACCACAAACAGAGCAAGGACAUAAAAGAAGUAGAGAACAAGGAAACCAAGAAUUCUUAAAAAUGCUUAAAGAAGAGUGUGGUUUCCCAGAUACUGUUGACUUUAGUGACAGAUAUAAAGAAGCUAUUGGAAAGUUCAAGGAUGGAAAUACUGACCCGAACCUAUUUAGCUUUAUGGCUCAGCACCAAAACGGAUAUAAUCUCAAACCUGGAAAAUACAAGCUCGCUAAGGGAUAUGAUUUAAUAGCAUAUCAUCCAAAUGACAUGGAUGAAUUUACUCCGAGAUAUUUGAUGUCAGAGCUAAAUGACAAUUCAACUUUCGUCAUGAAACGCGUAAAAAAUAGAGACGGAACGAAAGAACAAAAGCUUAUGAAUGCGGAUGACGUAGAUAGGGAAAUUGUUGAAAACGGUCUCGGAAUAUAUGAAAUGCCAGCAGAUGAGGUACAAGAAACUCCACAGGAAGAAGUUCAGAUACAACCAGACAUGGAAGAAAUAGUUCAGCAACAACAGCUAGAAGAGCCUGAAGGAAACGAACAAGUCCUUCCUUUGGAAACUAACUUCACAGAACUAGAUGAAGAUUUGGAACAGCCGAAAAAUCUUGACCCUCAACAAGUGUAUGCGGAGAAUAUGGAAUAUUUCCAAGAGUCUAAAAAAAAUUCGGCUGACAUAGUAGAAGAAUAUCGAAAAAUGUUUGCCGACAUACAAAAGACUCCAACACCAGAUGAAAAUAUUCAGCAUAGAAUGGAAGUACUGAAAGAAAAUGUACACAAAUACAACAACCCUUU